AUGUACUCUGUGAGUGACAAUAGCUACCCAUUAGUGCGCACUUGGAUAUGCAAAUCAUUUGCAGACUGCAGCACAGAGAACACUUGCCCGCCAGGUGAGAAAGGUCGUCCAGGCUUUGAUGGGAUGGACGGCGUUCCCGGCCAACCAGGAACGCCAGGAGAGCCUGGACUUCCAGGAAUCGUGCCUCAAGUACAAGUGAGCGCAAGCGGUUGUCGUGUUUGCCCACCAGGACCGAAGGGACCCCUCGGAUAUCCUGGACAACCUGGACCACAAGGGUUGCCAGGACAGGAAGGACCACCAGGAGAUAGUGGUCGACCAGGAAGCGAUGGCGUCCCUGGACCACCUGGACCAAUGGGUCCGAUUGGUGGGCCAGGCAAGGAUGGCGAAGAAGGUCCUCCAGGAGCCGAAGGUAUUCGAGGUGAAAAAGGUCCUAUCGGCCCACCGGGACUCAAGGGUCUUGUUGGUCCAAGGGGUUACCCAGGUAGCUCUGGGCCACCUGGACAACCUGGAAACAUUGGCAUAAUGGGAGAGCCUGGACCAGAAGGAAAGCCAGGUAUGCCUGGAUUCGUUGGAGGUAUCGGUAAUUACGGGGAGCCUGGACAUCCAGGCGAUGAUGCCGGCUACUGUCUUUGUCCAGCCAGAGCGACAAACAAGAAGACCACUACGUAG